AUGAGUGGUAUCAACAACCCGUUUGCACCCACCCCAGCUUCAGUCGUACAGUCGACCGCGAACCGCUUCCCGGACAUCAGCAACGACGCAGCCCUUCAACAGCAGCAACAACAGCACCAGUCGCAGUAUGGUCAACAGCAACAGGGGUACUAUCCCCAGCAACAGCAGCAGCAACUCGGCUAUUUGCAGACGCAGCAAACGGGUUACGUGUCGCAGCCUCCGUCGGGCGGCGCCUACCCCACGUCAUCGAUGCCGGCUUCCCCGUUCGGAGCGGCGCAACAGCCGUCCUACCAAGGCCAAGGCGCAUAUAACAAUCAAGCACAGGCGCAGUACGGUGGAUAUCCUUCUCAGCAGCAACAACCUCCACAACAACAACAAUUCUCGUCCGCGCCGCCCGUCUCGUUCUCCGUCUCCGACCUCGAUCCCUACUCCCACCUCGGCACCCUGCAUCAAUCCCAACUGUCCCAACCACCUUCCCCUUAUUCGUCGCAACCACAACAACAAGGGGUUAUGAUGGGUCAGGAUGGGAACAUGGCUUUGCCGAGCCACUUGGUCAACGUGCAACAGGUGCAGACUCAUCCGAGGCAGUAUGUGCAGGAGAAUAAAGCUAUAGUCAGUCCAUCGGAAGUUCGAGGCGGGAUGAUCAAAAAGACUAACCUAAUUUCCCUCCCGUGAUAGUUGAUGACAUGGAAUGACUCGGCUGUCAGCCUGUGCUACAACGGAUCCACAAGGCGAUCCCCGAGCUGACCUCCCGUACUCGAUCUCCGUGCAGUGGACCCAACUCCUCGCUCGAUUCGAUGUACGUCAAGGAUCGCAGCGGGCACUAGCCGCCCAAAUGUUGGGGCACUGACUAUUAGCGUGUUUUCGCACAGACAUUGCGAGAGGCAUGGGAGGCUCGAAAGUCGGCGGUCAAGCAAGUCGCCCUUCAAGGCGCGGACCCAAGUGCCGUCGAGAGACUGACCAAAGAUGCGGAUACCCAUAUUGGUGAGUUGAACACCCGGAUCGAGUAUAUGAAUGACCUAACUGAUACCCGUCAUGUGAAUGCGAUUGGGUAGAUUCGAUUCACGCUUCCAAGUUCCAACUCGCCGAAGUCAAGGAUACGUGGCGACAAUCCGCCGACGCUGCAUCGCAAGUCCUCCCAAGGUCUUGCUCCACACACCCUCAUGCUUACAGUUCGGUCGACACUCUACAGGAAAGCUCGCGUGCGUGAAGCGCUCAACGCAGGGCUCAACUCACUUCCAGGUAAGCGACCAGCGUACCGGUCGAUUCGCGAAAUCCGUUAGCUGACCCGUCCAUCCGAACUGCAGAAUACCCCGCGCCUUUAUCACCCGAACAAGUCGGCGGUGCCUUUUACCGACGGGCCGCAGAAGAAUACCGCAAACAAAAUAUCAUGUCGGGGUAUCAACAGCCUCAAAUGACAGGACACCCUCAGCAACACAUGCAACCGCAGCAAUAUGGGAUUCAAGCUCAGCCGACGGGGUAUUAUCCCCCUCAACAACAGCAGCAGCCAGGAGGGUAUCUGCAGACGCAACCGACUGGAUUUUAUGGUGGUGGUGGAGGGGGAUACCAACAAGGGUACUAUUGA